UCUACUCUUUCUGGGAAAGAAGUCAAAAUAUUUUUCGAGCUCCAUUUUUUCUCAUUAGCCCUACAGUUUUGGGUAUAACAAUGUUGCUUGCCACAUUUUUAAUACAGUAUGAAAGAAUAAAAGGAGUCCAGUCUUCAGGUGUAAUGACAAUUUUCUGGUCCAUCUCAUUGUUAUGUGCCACAGUGAUUUUUAUAUCCAAAAUAAAACAUGCCUUAAAUACGGGUGCUGAUGAGGAUGCAUUUCGUUAUGCCACCUUCUGCAUCUACUUUGUCCUGGUAUUAGUAGAGCUCAUCCUGUGUUGUUUUCCAGAGCAGCCACCUUUGUUUUCUGAAACAGUAAAUGAUCCUAAUCCAUGUCCAGAGUUCAGUGCUUCUUUCCUCUCGAGAAUCACAUUCUGGUGGAUCACUGGGUUGAUGAUCCGGGGUUAUCGGAACCCUUUGGAAGCCAAGGAUUUGUGGUCAUUAAAUAAAGAGGACAAAUCAGAGGAAGUAGUGCCAGGUUUGGCUAGAAAUUGGGCAAAAGAGUGGUCGAAGACCAAGAGGCAACCACUAAACAUGUUAUAUGCACCCAAAAAGCAGCAAAAAUCAGGAGACUCAAAUGGAGAUGUGACAGAAGAGGUUGAAGCUUUGAUUAUAAAACCAUCUCAGAAGAGCUCUGAAGCGUCUUUAUUCAAGGUGUUAUACAAAACCUUUGGGCCAUAUUUUUUCAUGAGCUUCCUUUUUAAAGCUGCACAUGAUCUCUUGAUGUUUGCAGGCCCAGAAAUUCUGAGAUUGCUGCUCAACUUUGUAGACAACAGAGCUGCCCCAAAUUGGCAUGGCUACUUUUAUACAGCACUGCUGUUUGUUUCUGCCUGUCUUCAGACACUGAUUCUUCACCAGUAUUUCCAUAUUUGCUUUGUGACUGGAAUGAGGCUCAAAACAGCCAUUGUUGGUGUAAUUUAUCGAAAGGCACUUGUUAUCACAAAUUCUGCCAGGAAGACCUCUACUGUGGGUGAGAUUGUGAAUCUGAUGUCUGUGGAUGCUCAGAGGUUCAUGGACUUGACCACCUACAUAAACAUGAUUUGGUCUGCCCCUUUCCAGGUGAUCGUGGCACUGUACCUGCUGUGGCGGAAUUUAGGUCCUUCUGUGCUGGCAGGUGUGGCUGUCAUGGUCCUUCUGGUUCCCAUAAACGCUGUGAUGGCAAUGAAGACAAAAACCUAUCAGGUGGCUCAAAUGAAGAGCAAAGACAACAGAAUUAAGCUGAUGAAUGAAAUUCUCAAUGGGAUUAAAGUUCUGAAACUUUAUGCUUGGGAAUUAGCCUUUAGAGAGAAGGUAUUAGAGAUCAGACAGAAAGAACUCCAAGUCCUAAAAAAAUCUGCUUACCUUGCUGCAAUGGCAACCUUCACUUGGGUUUGUGCUCCAUUUUUGGUUGCCCUGUCCACGUUUUCUGUGUAUGUCCUGACAGACAAGACCCACGUCUUGGAUGCUGAGAAGGCCUUUGUUUCUCUAGCAUUAUUCAACAUCCUCAGGUUUCCACUGAACAUGCUUCCUAUGGUCAUCAGCAACAUGGUGGAAGCCAGCGUCUCCCUGAAGCGCCUCAGGGUGUUCCUGUCCCACGAGGAGCUGGACCCAGACAGCAUUGCCAGGGGUCCCACCAAAGAGGCUGAAGGAUGCAUUGUUGUGAAGAAUGCAACUUUUAGCUGGGCCAAAACUGAUCCUCCUUUGCUGAGCAGCAUUAAUUUCACUGUUCCUGAAGGCUCCUUGGUGGCUGUUGUUGGUCAAGUUGGCUGUGGAAAGUCUUCACUGCUGUCUGCAUUACUGGGGGAGAUGGACAAAAAGGAAGGCUACGUGGUUGUCAAGGGCUCUGUAGCCUACGUUCCUCAGCAAGCCUGGGUCCAAAAUGCCACCCUGGAAGAUAACAUCAUCUUUGGGAGGGAGAUGAGUGAGAGCCGCUACAAGCGAGUGGUUGAGGCUUGUGCCCUGCUGCCUGAUAUAGAGAUUCUUCCUUCAGGAGACAAAACAGAAAUAGGAGAAAAGGGUGUGAAUUUGUCUGGAGGACAGAAGCAGCGAGUCAGUCUUGCUCGGGCAGUUUACUACAAUGCAGAUGUUUAUUUACUUGAUGAUCCUUUAUCAGCUGUUGAUGCUCAUGUUGGAAAACAUAUUUUUGAAAAAGUUAUUGGACCAAAAGGAAUCCUGAGAAAUAAAACUCGGGUUUUGGUAACCCAUGCAAUCAACUAUCUGCCUCAGAUGGAUACAAUUCUGGUGAUGAGUGAUGGAGAGAUCUCUGAGAUGGGCUCUUACCAGGAGCUGCUGGAGCAAGAUGGGGCUUUUGCUGAGUUUCUUCGUACAUAUGCUACUGCUGAACAAGCCGUGGAGAGCAGUGAGUCAGAUUCAUUAGAAGGACCCAUCCAGCCUCUGGAAACAGAUACAAAUAGUCCAUCUGCUAAGGAAGGCAAGCCUAUAGAAAAUGGAGGCCUUGUGAAUGAAGCCCCUGGAAAGCUGAUGCACAGCAGAGACACUGGGAAGCCCCAGCAGCAGAGCAGCACAGCAGAGCUGCAGAAGCCACUCGCUGAGAAGAAUUCCUGGAAGCUGACAGAGGCUGACACAGCCAAGACUGGGAGGGUAAAGGCAUCAGUGUACUGGGAGUACAUGAAAUCAAUUGGACUCUUCAUGUCUUUCUUGGCCAUUUUCCUCUUUAUCUGUAACCACGUGGCCUCCUUGGCUUCCAACUACUGGCUGAGUUUAUGGACGGAUGAUCCUGUUAUCAACGGGACACAGCAGAACACAACUCUCAGACUGGGAGUAUAUGGAGUACUGGGAAUUUCUCAAGGCAUUGCUGUGUUUGGCUACUCCAUGGUUGUGUCCAUAGGAGGGAUCUUUGCCUCUCGGUACCUGCACCUGAACCUGCUGCACAACGUGCUCAGGUGUCCCAUCAGCUUCUUCGAGCGCACUCCCAGCGGGAACCUGGUGAACCGUUUCUCCAAGGAGCUGGACACCAUCGACUCUGCCAUCCCCCCCAUCAUCAAGAUGUUCAUGGGCUCCACAUUCAAUGUGAUUGGGGCUUGCAUCAUCAUUCUGCUGGCCACGCCUAUAGCUGCUGUCAUCAUUCCACCUCUGGGGCUUCUCUACUUGCUUGUGCAGAGGUUUUACGUGGCCACCUCGCGGCAGCUGCGGCGCCUGGAGUCCGUCAGCCGCUCGCCCGUGUACUCGCACUUCAACGAGACCCUGCUGGGGGUGGGCGUCAUCCGCGCCUUCCGGGAGCAGCAGCGCUUCAUCCGCCACAACGACAGGAAGGUGGACGAGAAUCAGAAGGCUUAUUACCCGAGCAUUGUUGCAAACAGGUGGCUGGCUGUCCGGCUGGAGUUCGUGGGGAACUGCAUCGUGCUGUUUGCAGCGCUCUUUGCGGUCAUCGCUCGCACCAAGCUCAGCGCGGGGCUGGUCGGCCUCUCAGUGUCCUACUCACUGCAGAUCACAGCAUACUUGAACUGGCUGGUCCGCAUGUCCUCCGAGCUGGAAACCAACAUUGUUGCUGUUGAGAGAGUCAAAGAAUACUCUGAAAUGGAGAAGGAGGCGGAGUGGAGCAUUGAGCAGACAGCCCCACCCAGCAGCUGGCCCCAGGAGGGGAGGGUGGAGUUCCGGGGCUUCGGUCUGCGCUACCGAGAGGACAUGGAGCUGGUUCUGAGGAACAUCAACGUCACCAUCCACGGGGGGGAGAAGAUUGGAAUAGUUGGAAGAACAGGAGCUGGAAAAUCCUCACUCACUCUGGGUUUGUUUCGGAUUAACGAAGCAGCUGAAGGUGAAAUUAUUAUUGAUGGGAUUAAUAUUGCAAAGAUUGGGCUCCAUGACUUGAGGUUCAAGAUCACCAUCAUCCCUCAGGACCCAAUAUUGUUCUCUGGCUCUCUGCGUAUGAAUCUUGAUCCUUUCGACCAACACUCUGAUGAAGACAUUUGGAGGUCUUUGGAAUUGGCUCACCUGAAGAACUUUGUAUCAUCCCUUCCUGAUAAACUGAAUCAUGAGUGUGCUGAGGGUGGUGAGAACCUCAGUGUGGGACAGCGCCAGCUGGUGUGCCUGGCACGAGCUCUGCUCAGGAAGUCCAAAAUCCUGGUUCUGGAUGAAGCCACAGCUGCUGUUGAUCUUGAGACAGAUAAGCUCAUACAGUCAACUAUAAAGUCUCAGUUUGAAGGAUGUACUGUGUUAACUAUAGCACACAGGCUGAACACAAUCAUGGACUACACCAGAGUUUUAGUCCUGGAGAGAGGAGAAGUGGUGGAGUGUGGUACCCCAGACCAACUACUUCAGGAAAAAGGCAUUUUCUAUAGCAUGGCCAAAGAUUCAGGCUUGGUGUAGCAUUUGAACGUGGCUGUUUACUGUGGGAAGAGGGAGGUGAUGCAUUUGCAGAAGUGUAACUUCCCAUGAGCUGGACUGAACCUGAACCAUCCUGCUGAGUUUCAGGCACAGUGAAGUUAACCAGAGCAUGGCAAUGGAAGCAA